AUGUUCACUCCCAUCGAGUCUGCUCUCGGAGCAGUUCUCCUGCAACAAGCGUCGACCACCCUUCUGUUCAACAAUGGGUGCGUUCUUGGAGCUUCCGGCCAGCUCCGGGGGAUCCUUACCAGCCCAACAUCAAAAAAUGUGGCCUUCAUCGCCGGGAUGGCGCUGAGUGUGUUCGCUACGAAAUCAAUAUUUCCAACGCUCAUUCCAAACUAUGAGGUUCCUAAGCACGACUGGAACGAUUCCCUGUGGAUCAUCGGACUUGGGAUAUUGACAGGCUAUGGAACAAAGAACUGCAACGGCUGCACUUCAGGACAUAUGCUGUGUGGCGUGAGCCGCCUCUCAGCCCGAUCGUUGGUUGCAACGCUCACUUUCGUGGUCGCCGCUUAUACCACACACCACUUUCAACUAACGCCAUCAGCCACGGCCAAAGCGUCCGCGAAUUGUCCCGCAGGGGUGGAAUGCUACACGCCAGUCUACCCGAGCUCAGACUUCGUCAUCAAUGUCGCUCUCGCGAUUUCAGCAACAGUAGCCAGCCUUCAUCUGCUUCCAAGCCUCGUACUGUCCGUCACCAAGAACAGCGAAGUCGCGGGUCUUGCCAGUCGACUUCUCGUCGGGUUCACGUUUGGUCUGGGCCUGCUGGUGUCCGGGUUCGCUGAUCCAGUCAAGGUGCUGUCCUUCUUCUCUGUCUCAUUUGGACCGCUGGACAUCAGCGGCUGGGACCCGUCUUUGGGGUUCGUGGGCAUCUUUGCCAUCAUCCCGAACAUCGUCUGGUGGAAUGUGGCGUGCGCGAAACCACCGAGCCCUGAAUGCAGUGUGCCUCCAAAGUACAACAGACGCUACGAGUUGCCGACAACUGCCCUGAGCAGUAUCACGUUGCGUUUUAUGAUCGGUGCUGCCCUGUUCGGCGUCGCCUGGGGUGCUUCGGGCGCCUGUCCUGGUCCUGCGAUCUUGAGAGCUCUGGCACAACCUACCUGGGGAUUGUUGUGGAUGGGCGGGUUUCUGAUGGGUAGUUUACUGCCGUUAUAG